CGGUGGUGAAUGUGGCAUCUCCGAGGCAAGACAUGAUGGCUAUUCAGAUAGCUGAGCUUAUGGAGCAAAUGAGGCUAAUGAACGCUAGGACAAUGCAGCCAGCCCAGACCAUGGCAGUGGAUACAUGCGGGGCGUGUGGAGCCCAAGGGCACCGGUCAGAGGUGUGCCCGUCGACAUUCGAUCAGGACCUUGGAGAGCAAUACGCCGAUGUCAACGCUCUCCAAGGAUAUCAGAACCGACAGCCAAACGACCCCUUCUCCAACACUUACAAUCCCGGGUGGAGAAACCACCCACACUUCUCGUGGUCCAACAAAAACAACACCCUCCAGCCACCUCGCCCAAACUUCAACCAGCAGCAAUCCCGUCCAAACUUCGUGCAACAACAACCUCGUCCCAAUUUCAUCCCUCGUCCCAACUACCAACAACAGCAGCAACCGCAACAACAAGCCCAAGAGUCUGGUUCGAGCUCAUCGAACCAAGAUGACAAGCUGGACAAGAUCCUUCAGUUCAUCACCAACCAGGACUCGUCCAUUAAGCGUCUUGAGACGCAAGUGGGCCAACUUGCCACGAGAGUUGGGAAUAUGGAGGCCGAAUCCGACAAGGGAAAACUUCCGAGUCAGCCUGAGCAAGCCAAGGCAAUAACAGUGUUGAGGAGCAGGAAGAAAGUGGACAACAAAGUGAGAAUGCCCGAUCCUAAUGGCCCCAAAUCAACCGACCAGCCCAAAGAACCCGAGGAGAGUACGAAGAGCAUAGAAACCGACUCGGGAAAACCAGCAGAGAGUCCUCUGCUUCACAAGUCUCCAAAUCCUUACAAGCCACGCAUCCCUUUCCCGAACCCCGGAGGUUUCGUGAUAAAGAUUUCUCUUGGGAAUGGAAAAGAGGCUUCGGGGAUGCUCGACCUCGGAGCGGGAAUCCACCUCAUGCCGUUUUCUAUCUUCCAGCGGCUCGGUUUAGGAGAUUUGAGACCCACUCGCAUGUGUCUUCAGCUCGCAGACCAUUCAAUCAGAUACCCCAAGGGGGUAGUUGAGGAUGUCCUUGUUCGUGUUGGGAGACUCAUUGUCCCGGUAGACUUUGUGGUACUAGAUGUGAGGGACGUUCAAGAGAAUGGGAAGGAUCACACCAUCCUUCUUGGUAGACCAUUCAUGGCCACUACCAACACACUCAUUGACGUAAGGAAUGGGACGUUGAACAUGACAGUCCUAGGUGAAUCCGUGUCCAUUUCCGUCCGAGAAGCCACCUCGGCAUCCUCGGUGAACUUUGUGGAAGAGUGUGCUUUUAUAGAUGUGAGUGACCCAUUUGUGGAAGAGGUAGCC